UAUCGAUUGUUUAGAUUUGUUUUAAAAUGUGAGAUGAACAGUUGUGAACCCCCUGACCUGGAUUCUCUGGACCGACCGGCUUGGUGGCCAGAUGAUUUAACCUUUUCCGAGGAUAUUUUACGGAAACAGAAAGAGCACCGACGGAUUUUAAGUUUGCGAUUGAAAAAUGCGAUUAGAAGAUGUUACAAACAUCAUAAAUGCGAGUUUUUAGUUGAAUUCUGUAGAAAACUAGUUGAAUAUACAGGAGGAGUAGAAAAUCUUGAGGUUGUGGAUAACAAGGAUGGAACAAGAUCUCUCCACAAAAAAAAGGAUAAAAAACUCUUGGUCACCUUCCGUAGUGAAAACCAGGAUUAUGAUAAACAUCAGAAUGUACGAAAACCAAAGCUCAAUACAUUUAGUGCCAAAUCUCCUCUCAAAACCUUGGACUCAAAGCGAUUGCUGUGGAAUAAGUCUGAUAAUACUAGUGACCCUGCUAUGUCCACCUAUGCUGAUAUUUACCUUUGUGAUACUUGUGAUAAGGAUUUCGAUUCUCUUCCAACCCUUAUAGCACAUGAGAAGGAUUGUGGUAGAGCUGAAGUAAUAAUUGAACCUAAACCUUUACAUGCAACUAAAUCAGAUCCUCUACUUACCUAUCUCAGGUUGAAGGCUCGAGGUUCUAAAGUUACUUCAUCUCGUAAACUCAGGGAUUCAGAGAGACCUAGAGCUUUAAGUUAUGAGAAGUUCAUGGAAAUCGAAGUUUCUUCCCCCCUCGGUAUAUAUAUAACAACCAGCUCCAGGCUACAUCUAGACCAACAGAAUCCCUCCGUCAGGGGAUAUAUGAGUGCCCAGGACUAUAUCCAGCAGCAAGAAACCAAAUGUCCAGGGACAAUCUCAGCCCUGAAGACCUCCAAUGCGUAUACAGAGAAUAGAAAUAAAUAUCCUAAUGUUUAUAAAACGAACAGGAAACGGAGUGCAGAGUAUGUUCAUCUUUACACAUUUUCAUCAUCUUAUCUAAGAAAACGAAGAUUAAUGGAUAUUAAUAAUGGACUCAAUCAAAAAGCGCUCAGACUUUGGAGGAAAUGUGAACAAAGAAAAUUAUUCCUAAGUUUGAAUGUUUUGCCUCGGAAGAUGGUUGAGGAGAAAAUGCAGAUUUACCACGAGGCAACUCAGGUGGAAGCUUCGAACAAGAAGAAGAGAGGAAGGAAGAAGAAGAACUUGGUGGAGGUUGACUUCUUCCCGUUCGAGGAUGCCAUUCAAUCCCAAAUAGAGCAGAAGGAAGCUGCUCCUGGUGAGGAACCUAAAUAUACAAGUGCUCAGCCCCUGACUCCUGUAUUUAUCCCUAUAGAUGAUAUUACACUCAGUGAUAGUGACAUAGAAGUUGAUUUUCAAUCAAAGUGUACCCCUAGUACAGAAUGUAGAGCUGGACCUGGAAAUCUGCAGAACAGUUCUAAGGUUCGGACAAUUCAAGUUGGAGUUUAUCAACCAAUAGACGAAAUACAUCAAACUGAAUACAAGCCCACUUUGGUACCCUUGCGUUCAGCCCCCUCCAACACUAUAGAAUAUGUUGAUCUGAUUUCAUCAGAUGAAGAUUAAUCUCACGAGUCCAGACAUUCAUCAUUCAAGCAUUCAAGACAGUCCUCAUGUCUUGAUAGACUUUAUGUGUUCCGAAUAAAAGUCGGACACAG